AUGAAUGAGAUUCAACGAACCCGAAGCGAAUUGCUGCGAGAGCUACAAAAGGUUCAUGCCAUGUUGAAGCGACUGGUCAUGCAGCCAACCACUCGCCUAAUUCUGCCUUCCAGUGGAGUGCUGCGGCCAGCCACAGAUCCUGCGAGCUCUCAAUCUCGCGCGCGACCUGCCGUUGCUCGUUUCUCCAAGAGGCCUAAGGACCUGUACGAACUGUGGCACGAGUAUCAGUUCGGUAUCAGCGGAUUGAAAGCGGCUAAGGAAUUCACGCCUGCUGAACGAGGCGCAAACAAAUUUGCAUAUUCCAGAAGAAAACCUAUUUGGGAUGUAAUUACUUAA